UAAGUUUUUUUAGCAAAGUUAAUUCAGUUAUUCAAUAAGUCCGGUGUGGUUAUUUCAAAUAUAAUUUAUUCGAAGCGGAAUAAUCACAAUUUAUUAAAUAUUUUUUUUUCUUAAAUCGAGGAUCUGGCUUCCAGAUCAAAUUAAAUACAUAGUUAGAAAUAAAACAAAAAAAAACAAAGCAGAAAUGCCAUCCUCUCUAAGACUGAAAAAAAAUAACCUUUGCGGAUUGUCAUCCUGGCAUCCGGAAUGGAUGCAAAGAUAUGCAAAUGCCAAAUGGUUUAUGGUAGUUUAUAGUCUUCUCGGGACAAUCCAAGCCAUGUCCUAUAUGUAUUUUGUUGUGACGCUAACAACAAUCGAGAAACGUUUCAAAAUUCCAAGUCAGACAACAGGAAUAAUCCUCAGCGGUAAUGAAAUAUCUCAGAUAAUGUUAUCUUUGAUCUUAUCGUAUAUUGGUGGACAAAGGAACCGACCUUGCUGGAUUGCAUGGGGAAUGGUAUUCUGUGGAAUAUCGUGUUUUAUCGUAGCACUUCCUCAUUUCAUUUAUGGGGCUGGUGAUGAGGCUUACCAUUUGACACAAGAAUACCUUGAUAGCUUGACUUUGGACAAUUCGACAAAUUUUGUUUUAGUUAAAUCCAACAUCAAGGACUCACAGCAAUUGUGUGGAACCAAUCAAAAUGACAUAGAAUGCGAUCAGUUGUUCUCCAUUAUUCCACUUGUUUUGAUAUUUAUGUCCCAGUUUGUUCUUGGAAUCGGAAACACCCUGUACUAUUCAUUGGGACAGACAUAUUUGGAUGAUAAUACUAAGAAGACAAAUACUCCAUGGAUGCUUGCUGUGGCUAUGUCACUAAGAAUGAUUGGACCUAUUUUUGGAUUUAUGUUAGGAUUCUUUUCACUCAACCUAUUUAUCGAUACCACAAAGACUCCCCUGAUUGACAAAAAGGAUCCACGAUGGUUGGGAGCAUGGUGGUUUGGUUGGACGAUAUUGGGAACAAUUAUGUUUAUGUUCUCUGGAUUAAUUGGAUUAUUCCCCAAGGAGUUGCCCAAGAGAAAUCAAGGAAACCAACAAUACAGUUCUGUUUUGCCACAAGUUCUUCGAAAUGAUGAACUUAUUCUUGAUGAUGGACGAGGACUACAAUCAUCAAAUGCUGCCAUAGACAAACUUUCUGCGCCAAAUGCUGAUAUUCCACAACUUAAAGACUUCCCAAAAGCUCUGAUGCGUCUCCUUCGUAACAAGCUGCUUAUAUUCAACAUUAUUUCUGGAAUAUUUUACCUCUUGGGUGCUUCGGGUUAUAUGACAUUCCUAACCAAAUACAUGGAAGUGCAAUUCCAUAGAAGUGCCCAAAGUGCAACAAUUAUCGUUGGACCAUUUUCUCUAACCGGAAUGGUUCUAGGAUUAUUACUUUCUGGAUUGGUUAUAUCAAAAUUAAAACCAGCUCCUAGCAAGUUACUCAUGUGGAAUGUUAUAAUUGGAUUUUUGUCUAUUGGUGGACAAGUAGCAUAUUUGUUUAUUUAUUGUGGUGAUACAGCUUCUUUAAUGGUUGAUGGAAAAUUAGAUGUAACAACAAAUUGCAAUUUGAAUUGCUCAUGUGGCCAUGUAACGUAUAGUCCUGUGUGUCAUGUUGAAAGUGACACCACAUACUUCUCUCCCUGUCAUGCUGGCUGUUAUAAUUGGGAUUCAGAAACCAAGAUCUAUUCAAAUUGCUCUUGCUUAGGCGACUCUGGUAGCUGGAUGGGCAAUCAAUUGUCUACAACGUUAUUACCACCAACUCCUCUCCUUACAACUGAAACAAGUCAGGUGACUCCAUCGUUAACCAACAUUCUAACCCCAGGCGCUUGUCUCAAAGGAUGUGAAACAGCAUUUUGGACAUUUGCUUUUGCUGCUAUGACAAUUAAUUGGUUUGCAUCAUCUGGGCGUAUCGGGAACAUUUUAGUCAACUAUCGAGCCGUCUCGGCUGAGGAUAAGGCAUUUGCUCAAGGUCUAGGGCUGAUGUUGAUCAGCUUAUUUGCACUUAUUCCGGGACCAAUUAUUUUUGGUCGUAUAAUUGAUUCGACUUGUUUGGUUUGGACCAAGCAAUGCGGUCAAAAUGGAAAUUGUCAGCUAUAUGAUCAGGAAAGAUUCCGAUAUAUGGUCAACUUGAGUGCUGUCGCUUUCACAGUCCUUGGAAUAUUUUUCGAUAUACUCGUCUGGUAUUAUGGCAAAAAUCUGGAUUUGUAUGGUGAGAAAGAAGCUGAACGAUUAGCAGAACUUAAGAAAAAAAAUAGGCAAGUGACGCCAUUGAUGUCGAGGUAGUACUAUAGUUUCAAUGAAACUGUUGUUGUAUGAUUUUUUUUUGUAAAAGAGAAUUUAAUGUUAAGUUUUUGAAUAAAAUUGUUUGUUCACAAAAAUAAAUAUUAUUUUGUAUGCUUUAAUGACUCUAAAGCAAAUCUCA